CCUGCCAGGCAUCUGAUGCUGCUACCUGUGCAACCACAUGCUGACUGGUGAGAAAGCACGUUCCUUUGUGUGUGUGUGUGUGUGUGUUGUUCUAAUCUCGAAUGUUGAUCUCUCACGUGUGCACAUGGUCAUAUAAAAGUCGAGUGUCGGGAGUCAGGCGCGCAGCAGAUCUCUCAUUUCUUCUUCAUAAAAUCACACGACCAUCAUGUCGACCAUCUCGUCCACCAUCUCGUCCUACCGAAAGCGGUUCGGCCAGGAUGGCAGGUCAGCGGGGCGCCGCUUGGGGGGCCCGCAAGGCGCGCGCUCCGACGCGCCGGCGACGCUCGGCACGACCAGCACCGGCACCAACACCAAGACCCCAGGAGCGUGGAGCGGAAGCGGCGCCGCACCGCCGGCAUACACCGCCAACCUGUCCGGUCCCGUGAGCGCGGACACGACUAGGAAGGCGCCCACGCAGUCGAUCAACGACCGCUUCGUCAGCUACAUCGAGAAGGUGCGCGUGCUCGAGCAGCGCAACGAGGCACUGCGCGAGGAGCUCGAGCACUGGCGCGGCGGCGGGGUCGGUGGAUGCACCGGGACCACGCGCCUGGCCGUGGUGUACGCGCACGAGGUGAACGAGCUGCGGCGCCACGUGGACCAGCUGACCAGCGAGAAGGCGCGUGCCGAGGUGCAGCGGGACAACUUGCUUGUUGACAUGGAGCGGAUCCGCUCAAAGUUGCAGGAGGAGAUUCUCCAAAGAGAGCAAGCCGAGAGAAGCACGCAGAACUUCAGACAGGAUGUGGACAAUGCUGCUCUUGCUCGAGUGGACCUAGAGAGGAAAGUGGAGUCUCUUCAGGAGGACAUUUUGUUCCUCAAGAAGCUUCAUGAAGAGGAGCUAAGAGAGGUUCGGGCUCAAACCCAGCAGCAGCAGGUGUGUGUGGAUUUGAAUGUGGUCCAGCCUGACCUGACCUCUGCCCUCAGGGAAAUCCGUGUGCAGUAUGAGAAUCUGGCCUCCAAGAAUGCUCAUGAGUCUGUGGACUGGUACAACACCAAGUUCACUAAUCUCAUGGAGGCCGCAAACAGAAAUAAAGAAACCCUGCGGGCGGCCAAGCAGGAGGUCAUGGAGUGCCGGCACCAGGUGCAGACUCUUACCUGUGACAUAGACGCCCUCAAGGGGACAAACGAGGCUCUGGGGCGACAGAUAAAAGAAAUGGAGGAGAACUUUGCUCUGGACUCCUCCAGUUAUCAGGCCACCAUCAGCCGUCUGGAGGAGAACAUCCUGAACCUGAAAGGUGAGAUAGAUCAACACCUGCGUGAGUACCAGGACCUCCUCAACAUCAAGAUUGCACAGGACAUCGAGAUCGCCACCUACAGGAAGCUUCUGGAAGGCGAGGAGACCUGGUUGCCAAAACCUGACAGACCCUGUGCUGGAGCCCAGAACCACCACAAAGGUUCUCAUCAAGAACACUGAGACGACAAAUGGAGAGGUGAUUAAUGACUCUUCUAAGAACGACAGUAACGGAGUAACCUGCCUCGUCACCUUGCUUCAGUUACCACCUCGUCCAAACGCACAACACACAACACAACACAACACAACACAACACAACACGCAUCACCAGUCCCUGCGAGGCUUGCAGAAAUAACCGCCAUCCCUCGGCUACUUUCCAGUGCCUUUUCCACUCAGGACCUGACUGAGAUCUUUCUAUAGAAAUAAAGGCUACAGUAAUAUUCACUUUAUUUUGCUAUCAAUGUUCAUCUAUUUGGAAGAUCCUCUUCAGCUUUAAAUUCCACACUCUUCAUUUUUUAUUAUAAGUUUAUAGUAAUAACUGAAUUGCUCCAUGUUGUUUUGCCGUGUAGUUACUGAGCAUAAUCAUUAAAUAUUUGAUUUGAAAUGAAUGUUGGAUGUGUAUAAGCCAUUUAAAAAUAUGGGUUAAAAUAUUAAUAAUGCAAAUAAAAAAAUGAGGUGAAAAUGAG